AUGGCUUUCAGGAGGAAAAGGUCCGACAUUUCCUUUCGUCGGCCAUCUUGCGCCGGGGCGGAACCACUCCUAUUUAUUUUAUUUUUUUUUUUUUGUCCCUCGGAAAUAAUUUAUUUUCUUUUUUUAUCGUUUUUCUUCUUUUUCUAUUUUGCUUCUUUCUUUCUUGUUCUCUUUUCUUUUUUCUUAUACGCUUUUGUUCUUUUUUUAUUAUUUUACUAUUUUUUUAUUCUUUUAUUCUAUUCAUUCUUUAUUCUGUCAUUUCUUUGUUGUUUUUACCCUAAAAAAUAUUUCACUUCUUUUUUUUCGUUCAUUUAUUCUCCUAAUUCUUCUUUUAUUUUUCAGGAUAAGUUAUCUUUUAAUAGACUCUAUUCUUCUUUCAAUUUUUUUCUAUAUAUUUUUUUUCUUCUUUUUGUCCAUCAUUGCUUAUUUAUUUUUUCUUCUUAUUUUCUCUGUCUUCUUUCUUCUAUGCUUUUUCUUUCGUGCGUUUCCUCACUUAGUAACUUCUUUUUUUUAUUGCCUCCUUGUUUAUUUCCCUCCUCUAGUUUUCUUUAUGUUUCUAUUAAUUUAUUCCAUUUUCCAUUUUCUUUGAUUUCGUUUUCUUUCUCUGCUGCCAUGAUACCAUUGGUUUUCUUAUGCAACCCUCUUUUCCCUUCCUUUUUAACUUAUUUUCUUUGCUUUAUCUUUUCUUCUUAUUCUACUCUUCUUCCUUUGUCUACGAGCAAAGGAAAUGGCAACCUAAGUAUAGAAACGCAAGAUUACGGCUGGGCCACAACAUUCUCCGUCAAAAUGGCUGGCAUUUUGCUCUGGUCUAAUAAUGUCCAUCCGGGGAUUUCAAAAUACACUCUUCUCCCAGCAUCCUCUCUUUUGCUUACGUCUCCGCUCCCUAAGCGCUCUGUCAAUACUCUUUUCUUUUAUUCAUUCACUCUUUCUUUCUUUCUUUCUUUCUUUCUUUCUUUCUUUCUUUCUUUCUAA